UAAUACGUGUCAUGCUCUUCUGGAAACGACGCGAUAUGCUGCCCGUCAAGAUCAUCCUGGUAUUUGGACUAGUAGCUUUUUUAAAUUUAUCGACAGCAGCACCAGACAGCGCAGGGAUAGUGGAAAUGGUGAAUGGAUUGGCGUAUGGUGGGAUUCCUUACGGAAGCGUGAGUGGUAUGCUCACCAAGUAUCCAGGAUAUGGACAGGUUAAUGCUCAAGCCAGACAAUUUGACAUUCCGAGCAACACUCAACGGCCCGUAAUUAUCACGCCGAAUUUUCGAGCAACCCGGCUAAUGGGAAUUUCACCUCAACCUGUGCAAAUUUACAAUCUUCCCGGUGUCAUCGCCCCCGGUAUCGUCGGCAGGAUCAGCCAGAUCGGCUAUUAGUUUACCGGACUGUUAGAACUAUCUCUUCAUCAAUCAUCAUAUGUUACAUCAGUCACUCGAGCUUCUCUCUUUUCAUACUGAAACUCUCAACGAAGAACGCACAUUAAGCC